AUGUAUUCCACAGAGUCUAUUGUUCAAGAUGCCUUAGAUGAGCUCCAGUCCAUCAGCCAGAAAUUAUCUGAUUUUUUCCUAGAUUGGGAACUUGAUGCUCUGCUGGAUUUGUUGGAAUGGAGGAGAUGGUUUUAUUUGUGGGGAAGAAAGUGGGGCGAUGAACAAGAUGUGGACUGGGAAACUGCAGUGUGUACAGUGGAGGAGACUCUUCACAGACAUUCCCUGGAAACUCCGUUUCUUUGUCUCACGUUGAAGGAGAAAUUGCUGUGGGUUGAUGAUUCUGAUGAGAGAUGGGAAGAUGAUUCGGAGGGAUGGGAUGAUGUGCUUAAAGAUUUUCUUCGGAGAUUUAUUCGAUCGGUGCAACCAGGAAUUGAGGAAUUGGGCCGAAUGUUGGGGACAGAUCUCACAUUGCAAACAAGAUCUUCUUCUCGAACAGAUGUGAAGCAACUGCUGGACAGCGUCGACUUCAUUCUUCACACUUUUCAGAGUCUUGAACAUCAGAUUGCCAACGCAAAUGAAACAAUAACGUUCAUGAAGAACUUCAUUCGCUUUGCUACGCUUCACGGACUUGAGGAUAGGCAGAUCAUCGGAGAUCUCUUGACUCACUUUGAACGGGUAGUUAUUCAAUCUGCAAGCCUACUUGUGCGGGUUGGAGAAGGUUUUCUUUCAUUAACUUCUCGUUGUGAAAUUCUGAGAAACAUUCAGCCAGUUGAGUCGCGUGUUUGUGAGAUUUAUGUUGGUGUCUUACAAGAUGUUUCAAAGUUUUCAGGGUCCUCCUUCCAUCCCACUAAAGAAACUCAUGCAUUGGUGUUUAGAGACUUUGUGGAUUCUCUCAUUUUUCUGAUUUUGAACCUUUUCUUCCGUGGUGCCAUUUUUGUGGACAUGUUUCCCCACGAAAUGCAUAAAGUGCAUGAGGGACUCUCAUUCUUGAGAACCAUAUCAGAGCACCAUGAGAAGCUUGAUGACCUCAUUAGACCUUUGAUUUGUGAGGCAGGCAUCCUAAUUUUUCAUCUCUAUCAAGAAAAUGGAGAACAAAGAGGAAGGUUGGUUGCAAAAUUAGAGCUCCUUUUUUCCAAUUUCGAGACAAAACUCCAAAUUCUCAAGGCUGCAGAAGAAGACGCGCCAAGGUUUCCACCAACAUCAGCAUAUCCCCAAACAAACUUGUUGGGUUUUAUUGACUCUGUCUUGGAAAAAAUAAAGUCAUUCCUGAUUCAAGUUUCUUCAGAAAAGGAUAAGUUCCAAGCCCUCCACGAUGAUCUUACAGUUUUAAGAUCUUUUGUAGUCCAUGAUAAUGGCAUGACGAACCAAGAUCUCUCGAGUCGCAUUGCAGCGGUAGCUUAUGACACGGAGUUUGUACUUGAUUCUUUGGUUGUUGCUGGUAAACCACUUCAGACAAGCCUUAUCGUGCAGCUUGAUGUUAUCAUAACAGAGAUUGAGCUUAUUAAGACUCAGGUCUCGGAGAUUCCUUGGAGUAUGGAGCCAACCAUUGCACUUCAAGAGAUUAGUCAAGCUAACCUUAAGAUGGCACCAGCAGUUGGUAAGAUCCCAGAUUCCAAUGAGAGAGUGGUGGGCUUCGAUGACGAGGCAAAAAUCAUCAUCGAUAGACUCACUAGAGGGACAAAACAGUUAGAUGUGGUUUCGAUUGUGGGCAUGGUCGGAUUAGGUAAAACUAGUUUGGCUAAGAAAGUUUAUCAUCAUUCCCACAUCUCUCAUCACUUCCAGGCUCGCUCUUGGCUCACCGUGUCUCAAGAAUACAACACAAAAAGUUUGUUGAUUGCGAUUUUAAGCGGUCUGGACCAAAAUUCAACUGGAGCGUAUAUAAUAAAUAUGAGGGAAGAUGAUUUGGCUGAAAGACUCCGUAAACGGUUGAAGGGAAUCAGGUAUCUUAUCAUCUUGGAUGAUAUUUGGGAUACUCAAGUAUGGAAUAGUUUGAAAAUGUCAUUCCCAGACGAUGAUAAGGGUAGCAGAAUUCUCCUAACCAGUCGACAGGAGACUAUUGGUUUGGAAAUCAAUCCACACUCUGAACCUCACCAUCUUCGUGCACUAAAUGAUGAUGAGAGUUGGGAAUUAUUUCGGAAGAAGAUGUGCUUUGACCAAAGUUGUCCAUCGGAAGAAGUAAUUGCUCGUGCCAAGACAAUAGCAAAAUCCUGCAAGGGAUUGCCGCUGAUGAUUUUAAUUGUUGCAGGAUUUCUCGCUAAUACAGAGCCAAGUAAGUGGGAAGAAGUUGAAGAAAUGCUAAAAACAGGUAGUGCAAUGGCUGCAGAUCAGUGCAUGGAGACUCUUGAGUUGAGUUAUCGACAUUUGCCAAACCAUUUGAAACCAUGCUUUCUUUAUCUGGGAGCGUUUGAAGAGGACCAAUCAAUACCUGUUCGCCAGAUUUUACGGCUAUGGAUUGCAGAAGGAUUCGUGCAGGAAACUGCAGGAAGAGAGUUCUUAGAGGAUGUUGCAAAGGGUUACAUGAUGGAGUUGGUACAGAGAAAUCUAGUGAUGGUUGCACAAAGAGAUUUCCGAGGUCAGACGCAACAGUGUGUCCUUCAUGACUUGGUACGCGAUUUCGCCAUAGCAAGAAGCAAAAAAGAACACUUUAUGCAUCGGGUACAUGGUCACGAGCUUAAUGGUUGUGUUGAGGCUAGCCAGCCGUACAGGUUAACUAUUGAUUUAAGCGGAGCGGAGAAAUUCUCAGAAUCGAGGUCCCUCUAUCCUCGUCUACGCACACUGUUGUUUGUUACAAAACCCAAAGUCUAUCCACAAACAACAUCUCUAUACAAGUUUUUCCAGUUCAAGCUUAUAAGAGUUUUGGUCUUAAGCCGACUAUUUUGGUUUGAUACAUUUCCAUGUGUGAUUCUACUUCUUGUCCAGUUGAAAUACUUGGCUUUUACAGUUUAUUUUGAUUCAGAAAUAAUCAUCCCAUCGUCAAUUCUCAAUCUCUCAGAUUUGGAGACUUUGAUUGUUGAUAAUGCGAGAGUUUUGUUGCCGGAUACUUUGUGGGGUAUGAAAAAAUUAAGGCAUCUGGAUGGAGCUCGGGAGUUUGUAUUGCCAUCAGAGAUUCCCGUAGCCAACUUGGAGAAUUUGCAGACUUUCUCGAUUGUAACAUUCACCUGCAGCCAAACGAUGGUGGGAGUAGUGAAGAAGUUACCAAAUCUCCGGACACUACGCUGUCGUCUCGAUCUUGGUGGAGGAGAGUGCACUGUGGAUUUCAUCACUUUGAAUCAACUCGAAUCACUCUUCAUCAAUACUUCUCGUGGGACGAACCUUUUUCAAUUUCGAUUUCCCCAGAAUCUAAAGGAUCUAUCUCUGUAUUCAACUUGCCUUCAAUGGAGUGAAGUUUCAGCUAUUGGAAGGCUACCAAAUCUUGAAGCUCUCCGAUUGGAUUGGAAUGAAUACGAGGGGGAAAAUUGGGACAUUGAAGAAGAAGGCACAUUCCCCAAACUCAGAGUGUUGGAAUUAUACAACAUGAUGAGUUUGGAGAGAUGGACAACGGCUUCGGAUGACGACUUCCCAUCUAUUGAGACAUUGAUACUGGGAGGCUGCCGUCGCUUAAAGGAAAUCCCUUCUUGUAUAGCCCAAAGUUCAACCCUUCAGAUGAUUAAGGUCAGGGAUUGUCCACGUGUCUUUGAUUCGAUAAAGGAAAUUCAUGAAACACAGAUGGAUUAUGGAAAUGAAGAUCUACAGAUAUAUCUCGACAAGAAACAACUAACAAAAGAGAACUAUGAGGUAAUUCAAAGCAGAUACAAUUCAGACGAAUCUUCAUUUGAGUCGGUUACUACUGCUAAACCUUCCUCAACACAAGAUAAACCAGGGAAAUUUUCAGUCUUCCCAAAUACAAAGCUUUCGAUGCUCUAUCACAUCUAUAUCAACGCUACACUGAUGGAAACCUAUUCACCAGGAGUUGCUUAUGGAAGUACUUAUUGUUCAUCUAAUUUGCAGUGUUAA